GAAAAAGGUAGCAGAUGAUAUAACUACUUUUUACAAAUAGCCGGUACAGCUGUUCACGUAAGAAUAGCGCAACAAGUUACGUUUGUUUUGAUAGCUGUUUUCGUAGAAUUUGAUUGCAACUGCUGACAGAGGGGAAAUAAUUUUUUUGCGAAAACAAAAUAUUAAAAAAUCAUUGCAAGUGUGAAUGCCGACAAAACAAAUAAACAAAAAUAAAGGGUAAACAGCGAAACCAAGAAGCCGUACGUGAAAAUAUGUACUUAAUGCUUGUGAGCAAUAAAUAAAAAAUAUUUGACAUAAAGGACUCUUGUAAGUGCAUUUGGAGACGAUGAAUCGCUACACCGUAAGUGCACUAAUAGGCGAAGGUUCCUUUGGGCGAGUCUACAAAGCCAUACGUAAAGAUGAUGCACAAGUUGUAGCCAUAAAAGUUAUAUCUAAGCGCGGUCGCAGUAGUCGUGAAUUGAAAAACCUACGCCGUGAAUGUGAAAUUCAAGCGCAUCUCAAGCAUACAAAUGUCAUCGAAAUGUUGGAGUCAUUUGAAACCAAAAACGAUUUAAUUGUAGUCACUGAGUUUGCACUCAUCGAUCUCCAUCGCUAUCUGGCAAGAAAUGGUGCUUUGUCGGAAGAUAGAGCACAACGACUUAUAUGCCAUUUGGUCUCCGCACUUUACUACCUACAUUCCAAUCGGAUACUACAUCGUGAUUUGAAACCACAGAAUGUUUUGCUCAAUGAAGAUUUGCACGCUAAGUUGUGCGAUUUUGGUUUGGCUCGCAAUAUGACUAUGGGCACACAUGUGCUCACUUCCAUCAAAGGUACACCGUUAUAUAUGGCGCCUGAGCUGCUGAGUGAACAACCAUAUGAUCACCAGGCGGAUUUAUGGUCGCUAGGUUGUAUUUCCUAUGAGUGUAUGGCUGGUGCGCCGCCCUUCUGCACAACAUCCAUAUUGCAUUUGGUAAAAUUGAUAAAACAUGAAGAGGUGAAGUGGCCAAGCUUUUUGAGUAGCGAUUGUCGUUCGUUUCUGCAGGGUUUAUUGGAGAAAGAUCCAUCAUUACGCAUAUCGUGGACACAAAUAUUAUGUCACCCCUUCGUUGAAGGCAAACUUUUCAUUUCCGGCAUUAAAGCGAACAACUCGCCAUUCACAAAUCCGCAAAAGCAAAAGAAUACAAAAAGCUCACAGAAUCAACGUUCCACCUCUAAAGCGAACGAGCUCUCUAAGCAAAUCGCAGCAAUGAAACUCACAGAAACCUCUCAGUGCACCAACGAUAAUCUCACCUCUUCACGUGACAGUAUUAAUGCCAUACCGCCAAGCGAUAUUGAGAAUUUUGAAACCGAUAUUGAGGAAAACAUCAAUUCGGUUACCGUGCCAUUCGCAGAUCAAUCUUUCAGGGAUGAAAAAAAUUUAAAACAUCAUCAAGGCGAUAUAGUUAUACCACAUUUCAAUAUUGUAACAGAAGCAGCAGCUGCAGCGCCAGUGAUUAACUCUCAAACCUGCUUUGUCAGCGGCAAUACAAAUAUGAUACUCAAUCAUAUGAAUGAUAAUUUCGUUUACACAGGAAACUUAAAUUCAUCACCACCACAACAAAUAACCCAAAAGCAACAAAAGUCUCCCAAUGAGAAUACCAAGCUGAAAGACACAACGCCAACAGCUCCAACAAAUUUAAACACCAAGUCACUACGUAGCAAAGAUUUAGAAAAACGCAAGCUAAGUCAAAAUUUGGACAAUUUCUCUUUGCGCUUGGGACAGAGUAUAGAUGUCGAGACACAGCGGAAAACUAAUGAGCGUAGAGAAAGGGAUAAGGACAGAGAUAAAGAGAAGGAGCAAAAGGGUAGUAAGGGUAUGGCACACUCAGCAGAAGAGAAGCGUAGCACAGAAAAUUCACCACCCUGUCUGCUGCCUGGCUGGGAUUCCUGUGAUGAGUCGCAAAGUCCACCCAUUGAAAAUGAUGAGUGGCUUGCGUUUUUAAAUCGCACAAUGCAGGAAGUACUGGACGGUGAAUUGGACUCGCUGAAGCAACAUAAUUUGGUAAGCAUCAUAGUAGCGCCGUUACGUAAUUCCAAAGCCAUACCCAAAGUGAUUGCAAGUGUAGCGCAGCUGCUUUCACUGCCGUUUGUAGCCGAUGAGUCACCAUGCGUUGUUGAGCUCAUUCAAAACGUGUAUAUUGAUGUUAAACUUGUGCCGAAUCUCAUGUAUGCUUCCAAAUUGUUGAUUUGUCAUAAAGGCACCGGCGAUUCCAGCGCUUCGAUCACGCAGUCACAUGGCGGACGCGCUGUGCGUUCAAUAGACGAACUAGAUAGCGAAGAAAUACGCACAACUUUGUGUCUAUAUGAACUAAUAUGCCACCUAGUGCAUUUGAAACAACAGUUCCUCUCACAAUUCUGUGAUGCAGUGGCCAUACUGGCGGCUAAUGAAUUACUCAUUAAUCUCUUACAACAUGAUUUCAAAAAUGGCAGUGCUGUGCGCAUUUCCAAUUGCAUAUUGGGUCUCUUGACGUGCGUACUGCGUGAGCUGCCGGAAAAUGCAGAUUUAGUGGAGAAAGUCAUCUUCAGCAGUAAAUUGGAUUUAUUGGUUUUGUUCACCAAUGUAGAUGAUUUGGUGCGCAUGCGCAUUUGUAUGCUCUUCCGCUUGUUAGCGCGUUUUAGUCUACGCGGCUUACAAAGUAUCUGGUGUACGGAUAUUAAAAAAGCAAUUCAAACUUUAGCCGAUGAUGAGAAUACCGAAGUGCGGGCGAUUGCUGAAAACACUUUGGAAGAGUUGCGACAUUUUACUUUCUAUGCAUAAAUUACGUACAAUUAAUAUAAACGACUACAGAACUAUGAGAUUAAUAAGUUUAAUUUGAAAUUUUCUUUGCUAUAAUUUACGAUUUUAUAUUUUAAAUACUCAACAUUUUUUAUAUGUAUGUAUACAAAUGUAUAGAAUUACAUUUAAUUUUUUACAUUUUUUGUACCCUCAUCAUACGGACGAUUCCGACUAAAUAAACUGUUUUGAAAAUAUUCCAAAA